UCGCCCCCAACCCAAGCAUUAAAUUGCGAAUUCCCCCACCCUUACCCUUACUUCACCCCCAAUUCUUCCAUUUUCUAGGUCACUCCCAAUUCUCUCUCAAACCACCAGCAAGCUCUCAUGCUCCAGAACAUUCCGAGGCCAUGGCGAUUUCCGACGCGGUCGUGGCUAAUCUAACCACUCUCUACCUUGUGGUCAUUGCCGCCAUCAAGGCCUACGGCAUGGCGGCCAGCCGGAGCUUCAGCGGCAGCUGCGUAAUCGUCCUCUCCACCGCCGCCGUCGCCCUGAUCCUCGUCGCCGCCCUCGCCUGGGACGUCUCGCGCAAGGCCACGCGCGCGCUGAUGAUGAGCGCCGCCGCGCCCGAUCCCGGCCACGAAAUGUGCCGCGGCGGCAUCUGCUGGCACGGCGUCGCCGUCAAAUCUCCUGCGUCUCAGGUCCGAUUCCGCCUCCCUCAGCACCAAAACAUAUGAUCAAAAAUCACCUCUGCUGCUAUGCUACUGCACACCUAAAUUAUACUUCCAAUUUUGGUUUUUUGUUUCUUAUCUUAAACAUAUAUUUUGCAUUUUUUUUGUAAUUAAAAAUGCAGUAAUCCUUUUAGCCUUGUGUAAAUUAAAGUGUAAAGAUUUUUGGGGUGGAAUUUUGUGUAUAUAAAUAAUAUAAAUAGUGUUUUCCUAAUA